AUGGAGAGCAGUCUGUCACCGCUGCUGGCAGACAUCUCAGUGCCAGAAUUCAUGCAGGGCCAGCAGGUUGCACAUGUCAACCUGUGGAUGUGCACCAGGGGCUCUCGAUCCAGCCUGCACUAUGACCCCUUCCACAACCUGUUGUGUGUGGUGGCGGGCUCCAAAAAUGUGCGCUGCAUGAGCCCAGCCGCCACCCAGUGGUUGUACCCCCACCCACUCUACGGCGAGUCGGCCAAUCACAGCGCUGUGGACUUUGCACAGCCGGACCUUGCCCGCCACCCGCUGUACAAGGAAUCCCUGGAGCACCAGCUGUCAGCCCACCUGGGGGCGGGAGACGCGCUGUUCCUGCCGGAGGGCUGGUGGCACCAGGUGGACAGUGAGGCGGUGACGAUAGCGGUCAACUUCUGGUGGCGAUCCCUCUUCGAACGUCAGCUUGGCGGCCACAUGGACGAUUACUACCUCCGCCGCGCCGCCCAGAGCCUCACCGAUGCGCGCAAAGCCGACCUCCUGCGCCAGCUGUCGCCGGAUUUCCAUCCUUGCAGCAGCGUAGACAAGCAUCCUGCAGCAUGCGUCGAUGCACGAGCAGCUGCUGCCACCGAGGUUGCCACUAGUCAAGCUGGCCCCAGCACCCCGGCAUCACACAGUGAGGAGGCCGCUGAUCCUGCGCAGCACAGCGCGCAGAAGAGGUCCGGCCAUGCGGCGCGGUCGGGUGAGCGGGAAAGUGUGGCCGAGGAGCAGUCAAGCAUGGGUGAGGGGAGGGAGACUCAAGACGGCAGCAGGAAGAGGCGGCAAGGCACCAGCGAGGCCGCUGCUCUGGUACAGAGCCCUCAGAUGAGGCCUGGCAAUGCAGCGGGGUUGAGUACGGGCGAGGAGGAAUGCUUGCACAUUGCAGCGAUCGGGGACGAGGGUGCAGGGCAGAGGGAGACAGAGUGUGGCAGCAGGAAGAGGCAGCGAGGUACUGAGCACGAGGACCAGCGGCUAGUAGAGCGGCUGGCGGCUGCAUUGAGCGAGGAGUUCCUGCAGAGGACGGCCGGCGAAGCAGAGCCCCCACAUGAUCCAGGGUCAGGAGAUGGGCUUGGUCUGGAGGCUGCCUCGGUGCGGCUGAUGGCUGGGUUAGAUUCCUGGCAGCUGCGGCGCGCGCUGCUGGGAGUUGCCCGGCAGUUUCCACGCACGCUGGAGGCGUUCCUGAGCGGUGGCAUCUGCCCUGCAGCUGCCGAGCUGCUGACGUCCCGGUUCGAGGCGGCCGACGCCUGGCUGGCACAAGAAGGAAGGCACAGCGAGCAGCAGACCUUCUACACGGAGCUGUAUGCAGUAGUGGAGCAGCCUGAGAGGGUGCUGCAGGCUCUCGUGCGCCAGAAGGAAGAGUUUGCCAGGCAUGCUUUUUGUAUGGUGCUGGGCACAUGUUUCCAGCUGCCAAUCCCUUGGGAGCGCACAUGA